AUGUCUGAUCAGGAAAUUACAAAGGUUUAUUUACCCAAGAGUAUAUUGUAUCCUAUUACUGUUCUGAAAGUUCAUGUAAAGAAGGAUGAAAAGAUCCAGAAAUAUCAACGGAUAAUUACAUACAAAUAUUACGAUUAUGAACCUGUUCCUAUCAGUGAAGUAGAAGAUGAAGUAGCCGAUGAAAGCGAACGUCAAUUGAAGAAAGUUGAAAAUGUAGGGACAUACGAUUCAAGUGUCAAUGGUGUUGUCAAGAAUAUUUUAGUUAAAGCAAAUGAUGAAAUCAGAGAUGCUCACCAGCAUAUAUUGGAAGUCCUUGAACCUUGUGCACAUCCAAUACAGUUUGGUGGGCUUUGUGCUGUAUGUGGUAAAGUUCUUGAAGAAGAAGAGACUGGUUACAGAGCAGCUAUUUCAAUGGCACACCAAACCACUAACUUGAAAGUUUCAUCCAAAGAAGCUGAGAAUAUUGAACGUUCAUCAACAGAUAGAUUAUUACAAGAAAAAAAGUUAUCCUUAGUCGUUGACCUAGACCAAACAGUUAUUCAUGUUACAGUAGAUCCCACAAUUGGAGAAUGGAUGUCAGAUCCUUCAAAUCCCAACUAUGGAGCUCUCAAGGAUGUCAAGACUUUUGCAUUAGAAGAGCCUCCAUUUAUACCUGUCAAUUACCACGGACCGCCAAUUCAACCCAUCAAAAGGUGGUAUUAUGUUAAACUAAGACCACAACUAGAAACUUUUUUAGAAAAAAUGAACGAAAAGUACGAAAUGCACAUCUACACUAUGGCAACAAGAAAGUAUGCUGAAAAUAUUGCAAAAAUUAUCGAUCCUGAUGGAAUAUACUUUGGGGAAAGAAUUCUAUCAAGAGAUGAAAGCGGAUCGCUAACCCAAAAGUCUCUAGAAAGACUAUUUCCUGUAGAUACUUCAAUGGUUGUAAUAAUUGACGAUAGAGGUGAUGUUUGGAAUUGGUCUCCAAAUUUAAUCAAAGUGGUUCCCUACGAUUUCUUCCUUGGAAUUGGUGACAUCAACUCGAGCUUUUUGCCAAGACAGCAAGCUCUACUAGGACCAUCAAAAAGGAGGAAAUCUGUUAGCAUAUUAGAGGAAAUGAUAAUAAACGAGGAAGACAAAAAGAUGGAUGAAAAUGCCAUUAACGAUGAUAGUGAAGAGGCGCAAGAUGAGGAUGAGGGAGAAAAGGAACCUAAAACAAAAGCCUUUACUGUAAAGGGCAUAGAUGGAUCAAACUCAACAGUAUCAUCACCUAUUGAUCGGCUCAUUGAAUUAACAGACACUCCAGAAGAUCCUAACCUUUUAAUAGUUCAAGAAACUGAGAGAACGAACGCUUUGGAACAACAGGAACAUGACAGACCAUUAAAAAGGUUACAGGAGAACUUGGAUAAAAUUAUAGAAGAGGAGUCAGGAAAUAUUACAACGGAGGGAAACCCGACAUUCACCAGCAAAAAGACGGAUUUUGCAAUGAAACAUAAGGUGGAGGACAGAGAAACACACAACUUAUUAUAUGAUGAUGAUAAGGAACUCCAGUACUUAAGCCAAGCAUUAACGAGGAUUCACAAUGAAUUUUACUUUGAAUUUAAGAGUGAACCUGGGCAAGAGAAACUCCGUUCUCUUCCUGAUGUGAAAGAUAUUAUGAUCGAAAUGAAGUCAUUUGUAUUCAAAGACUGCAUCUUCUUACUCAGUGGCAUUUUGCCCUUAGGAACAAAACUUGAUCAUGCAGAUAUAGUGAUUUGGGCCAAAUCUUUUGGUGCUACUUUUGUUGAAAAUUACACCACAAGUGUCACACACGUUAUAUGUAAAAACGCCGGUACCUUUAAGGUCAGAUUGGCAAAAAGUGUAGACGAAAAUGUUAAAGUUGUCAACCCAGAUUGGCUAUUUGCAUGUAUGUCUCUAUGGGAUAGAAUACCUGAAGAUGAAUACACUGUCGAGGUUGAAAAUCUAUUGAGUAAAUCACAAGUUGAUGAUUACCUUGAAUUCCACGGUAAAAACGAUUCCUCAUUGAAAAAAAGUCUUGAUUGGGAAGAAAUUGAUAAUGAGAUGAAGGAAUUCAUGGGUUCAGAUUACGAAGACAGUGACGAAGAUGAUGAUAAUGAAGGGGCGGUAGGGGGAUCACUACAAGAAUUAGAGGCCAACGGUGAAAAUAAUGAUGGUGAAGGUGAUUCCAAGGCGGAUAGUGUGAACGAAUCUGAUGAACAAACCUCAAUUGUGCAUGUAAACGAUGCUCAAAACAAAGAUAUUGAAGCGGUGAAAAGGAAAUUGGAAACCGAUAAUAGUACGGAAGUGGAAGAUCGAAAGAGACAGCAUACAGAAGAGGAUAGCAUUUCAGAAGAUGAAUUUGAAAAAGAACUACUUGAGCAUUUGGCUGACCUGGAAUGA